AUGAUCCCACAGAUUUUAUCUGGAAACGACGUUAUGGGUCAAGCGAACGUUAGUGUUGGCAAAUCUUGUGCAACGGCCAUCUCAAUUGUCCACAAGAUUCUUACAACAGACCCUACGGAACGUCAAGCAGCCAAAAAUGAGAGAUCACCGUUGGCUCUGAUCCUCACCCCGUCCGCCACUGUAGUUGAUGAGCUGUUCAACCAUCACAAGUUCAAAAUUGCAAAAGGAACGGAUGUCACAGUGUGUAAAGCUUAUGGUGGAAUUCUUAGGAACGAUUUGGAGCUAAGUUUAAAGGAAGGAUGUGAAAUUUUGAUUGGUUGCAAUGGAAGAAUUCCGGAUCUUUUGAGAAAUGGCAGAAUCCAGCUCUCUCAUCUUCAAUUUAUUGUCUUUGAAAAGACAAACUGCUUGAUAAGACAGUUCUUGGCUAGCUCGAAUAGCAACUUAUCUGGAAUUCUGAGAUACCUGGGAUUUGCCGCACAGAGAAUCUAUUUGGAUGAAGAAUUUUCACCUGAAGUGGAAGAACUCAUUGAAGCAUGGUCGUCUAGUUUUUAUGGCAGAAGAGGAAUUGUGAAAGUUAUUCCAAAACCACCGCAACAAAGAGCUAAUGUGGAUCUCCAGUUCCAUGAAGUACAUUACGGAAACAAAACAGUGGUGCUCCGAGAAUUAUUGAAAAAAGAAGAAUCCGGAAAACAAAAACGAACUGUGAUUUUUGUAAAUGAAGAUUUUGAGUGUAAAGAGCUGGCGGAGGAGCUGUCUGAAGAUGAAAACUUGGUGCUUCCAGUUCAUUAUAGACAGCCGGAUAAAACAAAACAGGCUAUCUAUGAGAUGUUCAAAAUGGGGAAUAUCAACACCAUCGUUUUGACGUGUGCUCCUUUUCGAGAGUAUGAGACGGUGGAUAUUGAUCAAAUCAUCCAAUAUGAUGUUCCAUCUCACCACUCUACAUUUGUCCACCGAUGCGGAGAGUUUGGCAAUAUGAAUUCUGGAACAGUCCAUGUCUUUGUUGAAACGUGCCGACCAAACUUUUAUUGUGGAGAGAAAAAAACGUUCACGGAGUAUUUAAAGGAAAGUAAAAAAUUGGCGUUAGUUCCAAAAUGGCUCAAAGCACUUGCUGCUGGAAACAGCAAAUCUCACGAUGAACCGAGAGCUAGUUCACCGGAAGAAUGUAUGAAUGAAUGCCGAGAUCAUUGA